CUUCCAUCUUUCUUUCUCUCUCUUCCAUCUAUAAAAUGACAUACUCACUCACCUAAUAUUGCACAACCAUAGCAUUCUCUUCACACUUUAGUUGAGUGAUACUUGACUCAUUCAGUCACUCACAUCUCUCUUGCAUUCUCUCCUUUGCAACUAUGAAUGCUCUAGCCGCCACCAACCGCAACUUUCAACGUGCAGCUCGCAUUCUGGGCUUGGAUUCCAAGCUUGAGAAGAGUCUUCUCAUACCCUUUAGAGAAAUCAAGGUUGAAUGCACCAUCCCGAAAGAUGAUGGAACUCUGGUUUCCUACGUGGGAUUCAGGAUCCAACAUGAUAAUGCUCGUGGUCCAAUGAAAGGAGGGAUUCGAUAUCACCCAGAGGUUGACCCAGAUGAAGUGAAUGCUCUAGCUCAGUUGAUGACAUGGAAGACAGCUGUAGCAGACAUUCCCUAUGGAGGAGCAAAAGGUGGGAUUGGCUGCAACCCUAGAGAUCUGAGUAUUAGUGAGUUAGAACGUCUUACUCGGGUUUUCACUCAGAAGAUUCAUGAUCUUAUCGGUGUUCAAAGGGAUGUUCCUGCCCCAGAUAUGGGAACUAAUGCUCAGACCAUGGCAUGGAUUCUUGAUGAGUAUUCAAAGUUUCACGGUCAUUCACCAGCUGUCGUGACUGGGAAGCCUAUUGAUCUCGGAGGAUCGUUGGGAAGGGAGGCUGCCACGGGUCUUGGAGUAGUUUUUGCAACUGAAGCCUUGUUUGCUGAAUAUGGGAAGUCCAUUGCUGAUCAGACAUUUGUUAUCCAGGGGUUUGGAAAUGUGGGCACAUGGGCUGCUAAGUCUAUUUAUGAGAGAGGGGGAAAGGUGAUUGCUAUCAGUGAUAUCAGUGGUGCUAUCAAAAACACAAAUGGAAUCGACAUCCCUGCUCUGUUGAAAUACAAGGAUGAGGGCAAUGGAACCCUGAAGGACUUUCCAGGUGCGGAAGUGAUGGAUCCAAAUGAGUUGCUUGUUCAUGAAUGCGACGUGCUUAUCCCUUGUGCAUUGGGAGGAGUUCUAAAUAGGGAAAAUGCUUCUAACGUGAAGGCAAAAUUUAUAAUAGAAGCAGCAAACCAUCCCACUGACCCUGAAGCGGAUGAGAUUUUGUCUAAGAAAGGAGUCAUCAUAUUACCUGACAUCUAUGCCAAUGCUGGUGGAGUGACUGUGAGCUACUUUGAAUGGGUUCAGAAUAUUCAAGGUUUCAUGUGGGAUGAGGAAAAGGUGAAUCAUGAGUUGAAGAAAUACAUGACCAGAUCUUUCCAAGACAUCAAGGCAAUGUGCAAGAUGCAUAACUGUGACUUGCGAAUGGGAGCCUUCACUCUUGGAGUGAACCGUGUUGCUCGUGCUACUCUUCUCAGAGGUUGGGAAGCUUAGGUUCUCCACCUGCAAGAAUAGGAUUUUAUAUGGCUGUGAUUUCUUUAAUCUAGGUUUAAUCUAGGUCUAGUUAGUCAAGUAAAAGGCAUUAGAGAGUAGCCAAUAAAACAUUAUUCUCGCCAUUUGGUCUGUCCACAGUGUAUGGUUCUUGGCAUUUGGUGUUGAUAAUGCCAUAGUUACAGCCAUAUUUGUUUCAAAUGUUCUAGUUAUUCUAGUUUGAUGUAUUAGUGGAUUGCAGAUUUUUAGUCUAA